UCUUCUGCUAAUUCUCUCCUUUCAACUAAAUUUUCUCUCAACAAAAAAUCAUCUCUAAGUUUUCUGAGUUGCUUUUUUCCUUAGUUGGGAACUCUCUCAACAAAGCAACAUGGCUAUAGAAGAUGACCAUGGCCUUCAUGGACUUGAUCAUCAAAACUCUGAAUUUAUGAGCCCACAAAUCAACGAUGAGGAUCCUCUGAAACAAGUCAAUCACGAGGAUGAUCCUCUGAGCAGCCUCCGGCCAAAAAGUACUUCUGGCCGGAGUAGCUCAGAUUCGGAUGAAGACGGUCGCUCGAAAAGGGCCCGUUCAUCACCAGAAUCCAAUUCAGAGGAGCGAGAACUUCUUGGACUUACGCUGAACAAGACACCAUCGUUUGUGAACUUGAUAGAAACACAACUUUCGGAAGGGAAGUCAAGCUCCUCCAGCAGUUCUCCAUGCCCUCCGCGCAAAGUUGGAAGACCACCCACUCGAAAAAAUGCUAAUAAGUCUAAGACGGACGAUUUUGCUAUUUCUUCUGAAAAAUUGAAAGCUUCCAAUUUUCCUGCGAGAAAGCUCCAAGUUGGUGAUUGGGAGAGAAUUUCGAAGCACGAAGGUGAUUUAAUAGCUAAGUACUAUUAUGCCAAACGUAAAUUAGUUUGGGAAAUUCUGGAUGGACCUCUUAAGAACAAGAUUGAAAUUCAAUGGUCAGAUAUCAUAGCUAUUAGAGCCAUCACUCCCAAAGGUGAUCAUCCAGGAGUUCUUGAGAUUGAGUUGAAUGAACCACCUAUCCUCUAUCGUGAAACAAAUCCUCAACCUAGAAAACACACAUUGUGGCAGCAGUCAGCUGAUUUCACUGGAGGUCAAGUUGGCAUUCACAGGAGGCAUUGUGUAACAUUUCCUCCAGGAAUACUUGACAAGCACUAUGAGAAGUUGCUAGGUUUUGAUUCAAGGCUGAAUGAACUAAGCAAAAAGCCUUAUCCUAGCAUUUUAUGUCCAUAUUUUCCAUCGUACAAUCCUCAUGAGGUUUCAGAUUUUCCAUUUGACAGUGUCUAUGGAUCACCACUUUUUCCCAAGAAGCUGAAUAAUCCUUUUUAUUUCUCACCUGCUUUACUCCCUAACCGACGACUGCCUAACAAAUCAGCAAUGGCGGCAAUACCUUUACGACAGUUCAGUUCAAGUUUUCCUAUAUCAGGUGAGAGGAGAAGCAAUUUUGCAAAUAUCAACCAAAGGAGGGCGCUUUGGGGCGGCCAAGGAUCAAACAACAGUUUGAUGAAUGUUACCAUGGGAAAUCAAACUAAUGGAAUGUUGCUAGACCAAGGAUCAAACAACAGCUUGAUGACUGUUGCUUUGGGAAAUCAAACUAGUGGAAUGUUGCUCGACCAAGGAUCAAACAACAGCUUGAUGACUGUUGCUUUGGGAAAUCAAACUAAUGGAAUGUUGGGCGGCCAAGGAUCAGACAACAGCUUGAUGAAUGUUGCUUUGGGAAAUCAAACUAGUGGAAUGUUGCUCGACCAAGGAUCAGACAACAGCUUGAUGACUGUUGUUAUGGAAUGUCGUCAAACUAUUGAAAUGUUGUGCAACCAAGGAUCAAGCAACAACUUGAUGAAUGUUGCUUUGGGAAAUCAAACUAGUGGAAUGUUGGGCGACCAAGGAUCAAACAACAACUUGAUGAACGCUGCUAUGGAAAAUCAAACUAUUGGAAUGUUGCGCGACCAAGGAUCAAACAACAGCUUGAUGAAUGUUGCUAUGGGAAAUCAAACUAGUGGAAUGUUGCACAGUUCAUCAACAACGCCCCAAGCUGAUUGGGUGGUUCCAACCCAGGAUGAUCAUCAGCAGAAUAACUCGUUGCCAAAUAAUGAAUUUAUCUCAGUUCUAGACUUUAUGACGAACCAUCUGCUGAACGAAAACAAUCAAGUGGCAUCCAGCUCCAACGAAAAUCUGGACUCAAUGUACCCAUUGCUCGAGCACCAAGGAAAUGAAAGCCUUGUUGCUGCAAGUGAUAUGCAUGACUUAUACUCCGGUUAUCAGACGGUGAGCAACUAUGCAGAGAAUGUUGUACCAGACUAUGGAAUGACUUACGCUGAGCCAUUGACUUGGAUGUAUCCUGAAGAAACAAGUGAAAUUCUAGGGCUGGGACAAACCAUGGAGAGUUUAUUAGCUGAUCCUUAUUAUCAAACUCUCGAUGCCAAUCAAGGUGUAUGAUCCCUUUAUGAGAAAAUAGAAACUAGGGUUCAGGUAGAGUAAGCGAUGAAGGGAAUAUCAUUUCAUGAUAUCCCUUUUUGCAAGUACAUUUUAGUACCUUAUUAGAAAAUAGAGAACUUUAUGUGACCUCUCAAAUUAAAGGGGUCUGUGUUGCUAGUCUACCUUCCCUCUUGUAGGGAGGGUUAGAUGUUUUUAUUUUAGCCUGUUCUUAUCUAUGCAAGCUAGCAAAGUGAUAACUUUGUUUAGAAGUAAAUGAAAAUAGACU